AUGGGGGCAGGUGUCUGGAAGUUGAAGGACAUCGGAUUAUGGCCGGACGUUCGAGCGGGGGGGAUGUUCAGGCGUAAUGUUCGCGUGUUGAUUCAGAACGCAAACGGACCUUGCAGCUUGCUUGCCCUAGCAAACUGUCUCCUACUCCGAGGCUCAAUACAUAUCCCUACCAAAAACACCUCGAUCACCUACGAUCAACUAUCGCUCCUCAUCGCCGAUUUCCUCGUCACACGGCCCAACGACAACUCGGUUCUCACCCUCGAAUCCGCCUUGUCCAUCUUACCUACCAUGACCCAGGGGCUCGAUGUCGACGUCGCCUUUGACGGGAUCAACAACUUUAAAGGCAUCUCCGCCCGGGAUAGCGGGGAACUAUCGGUCUUCAACUUUGCUGGGGUCGAUCUCGUACACGGCUGGUUAGCCGAUCAGGGCAUGAAGGAGGAAUACGAGGCGUUACAACGAGCGGGGUCGUACGAAGGCGCUCAGGAGAGGAUCGUGGCUGGCUUGGAGGCCGAGACGAGAGCUGUGGGGAUCAGUGAAGGAAAUGAACCGAACGUCUCGGAAGAGGAUCAGCAGGCGAUUAGCGAUUCGCAACAUUUGCAGGCUUUCUUGCAGAACAGCUCGUCACAGCUAACUUAUCCGGGGCUGUUCGCGCUAUCUGCUUUGGAACCAGGAUCUGUCGUCGCCUUCUUCCGCAAUUCCCACCUCUCAGUCUUGUACCGGCGAUACGACCCUCAGCCUGAUUCGGGCGAACCGGCAGACGCACCCGUCCUCUUUCAACUCGUCACCGAUUCGGCCUUCCGCAAAGAGCCCGAGAUCACCUGGGAAAGCAUCGUCGACGUCGAUAACAGCGGUUCAGGCUUUUACAGCAGCGAAUUCCGACCCGCCGGUGCGGCCGGGGGAGAUUUCGCCGGGCUGGACGCGGAGCACGCUUUGAUCAACGCUAGAGGGCAAGAUCGGAUAGUAGAUGACAGUGCGGACAGACAGUUGGCGGCGGCGCUUCAGGACGAGGAAGAUGGCAACGCGGCCAGACAACAUGACCAAGACGAACGCAGGCGGCAGGUCAGGAUGAAUCCCGCUGCAGAGCGUCGAGCCAGACCGGACGAAGGGAAGAAGAAGGAAAAGAAGGACAAGAAGGAUUGUGUUAUCAUGUAG